AUGGUCCUCGGAUAUUCCAGCUUCAAACUUCUGUCCACACCAUGAAACAAGGUGAAUCGGAUGUCAAUUCCUACUUUACUCGUCUCAAAGCUAUUUGGGAUGAACUUAAGGAGUUUCAGCCAAUUAUCCCUUGUUCUUGUGGCUGUAAAUGUGGUGUUGUUGAAAGAUUGCUUGGAUAUUAUCACAGGGAUCAAAUUAUACAAUUUCUGGCGGGUCUCAAUGACUCUUUUUCUUCUGUGAGAGCCCAAAUUUUGCUCUAUGAUCCUCUUCCUCCGCUGUCCAAAGUUUUCUCCAUGAUCUCUCAAGAAGAAAGACAAAGAAGUCUAGGCCACACCAUGCCUUUCAUUGCUGCUACUGCGGGUUCACACACUUCUACCAAGCCUCCAUCAAGAUCAAAGAAAUCGAGACCCACUUGUUCUCAUUGUCUCAAGCCGGGUCACUUAGUGGAAAAAUGCUUUUUUCUUCAUGGGUUUCCUCCUGGGUACGGUGACAAGCGUCGUCAAGAUGAAGCUAUCAAACCUUCUGUUCAUCAAGCUUCCGCUUCUGGGUCGAUUUUAGGCAAACCACCUGUGUUGUCCCAAACCGAGCUCAGUCAGCAGCUUACCUCCCUUCUAAGUCAGAAUCUUCAGCACACCGUGGCUGCCACAGACACCAAUAUGCCGAUUGCCUCACAAGUAUCUGGCACCCUCUCGGACUUCCAAGAUUGGGAUUGCUAAGAAAAUAGGCCGGCUGUUUUACUUUGAACAAGACCGUCAAUUCUUACAUGUUGUACAUUUUGACAGCACUCUUAAUACUUGUACUAAAAUGAACCAAUGGCAUUUCCGUCUUGGCCAUCCAUCUAUGUCAAUUUCAAAUUCAAUAAAUAAAACUCUUGUCUUUUCUAACAAGUCUUAUGAUCAUGUUUGCUCUAUUUGUCACUUAGCUAAACAAAAACAACUUCCCUUUGUGUCUAAUAAUAAUCGUGCUUCUCAGCCUUUUGAUCUUGUUCAUUUUGACAUUUGGGGGCCCUUUCAUGUUAUUAGCAUAGAAGGUUACAAGUAUUUUCUUACAAUAGUCGAUGAUCACACUCGAUUUACAUGGGUAUAUUUACUUAAAGCAAAA